GGGAACUGCGUCUCUCAGGGGCUUUGUCCAUACAGCUUGUGGCCAGCAGAGGCAUGCUUAACACAUCAGCAUUUAUGGACUCAACGCUUGUAUUCUUCCCAAUAAACUGCUAAUUCCAGACCUAGAACCGUGGUGAUAAGGAAGAGAGUGGAUUUUAAAAACAUCUGAAGGAAACAUUAUCAGGAGUUGGUGAUUAACUAGGUGUGGUUGACGGACAGAGAGGAGUCUAGAAUGAUUCCCAGGCAACAAAUAAGCGGAUGAACAGAUUCAGAGGGAAAAAUAAAUUCAGUUUUGGACAUGCUGAGUUGGGGGUGCCUGUUGACAACCAGGUCUAUGAAGCAAUUGACAGCAGAGAUGGGGCGUCCUGUGCAGAGCUGGUGUCUUUCAAGCAUCCUCACGUUGCCAACCCACGGCUUCAGAUGGCCUCUCCAGAAGAGAAGUGUCAACAAGUUUUGGAACCCCCUUACGAUGAAAUGUUUGCAGCUCAUUUAAGGUGCACUUACGCAGUGGGGAACCAUGACUUCAUAGAGGCAUACAAAUGCCAGACUGUCAUCGUCCAAUCGUUCCUGAGGGCAUUUCAGGCCCACAAAGAAGAAAACUGGGCUCUGCCUGUCAUGUAUGCUGUGGCGCUGGACCUUCGGGUGUUUGCCAAUAAUGCAGACCAGCAGUUGGUAAAGAAAGGGAGAAGCAAGGUGGGAGACAUGUUGGAGAAAGCGGCCGAAGUGCUGAUGGGCUGUUUCCGCGUCUGCGCCAGCGACACUCGUGCUGGUAUAGAGGACUCUAAGAAGUGGGGGAUGCUGUUCCUGGUAAAUCAGUUGUUCAAGAUUUACUUUAAGAUCAACAAACUCCAUUUGUGUAAACCCCUGAUCAGAGCCAUUGAUAGCUCAAACCUGAAAGACGACUACAGCACGGCACAGAGGGUGACGUACAGGUACUACGUCGGGCGCAAGGCCAUGUUCGAUAGCGACUUUAAGCAAGCCGAGGAAUACCUGUCCUUUGCCUUCGAGCACUGUCACCGUUCAAGCCAGAAGAACAAAAGGAUGAUCCUGAUAUAUCUGCUUCCAGUGAAAAUGCUGUUGGGUCAUAUGCCAACCAUUGAGCUUCUGAAAAAGUAUCAUCUCAUGCAGUUUGCAGAAGUAACCAAAGCCGUCAGCGAAGGCAACCUCCUCCUCCUGAACGAGGCUCUGGCGAAGCACGAGACCUUUUUCAUUCGCUGCGGUAUUUUCCUUAUACUUGAAAAGCUGAAGAUCAUUACCUACAGGAAUCUUUUCAAGAAAGUGUGCCUGUUGCUCAGGACACACCAGCUGUCCCUGGAUGCGUUCCUGGUUGCCUUGAAAUUCAUGCAAGUGGAAGACGUGGACAUCGACGAAGUGCAGUGCAUUCUCGCCAACCUGAUCUACAUGGGUCACAUUAAAGGCUACAUAUCACACCAGCAUCAAAAGCUAGUUGUCAGCAAGCAAAACCCAUUCCCUCCACUGUCUACGGUGUGCUGAGUGUCUUAGACAGCCCUGAGGGUGGGCAAGUGCUGUGUCUGCUAGUUCGGAUCCUGAUGAUGAAGUCAGUCCUAUGCCAGUUCGCUACUCUCCGCAGCUGGGGUCUCAGAGACCCUUCCCAGGGGUGCUGAGACUGGGUUUUUCAGUGCACGGACACCCUGAAGUCUCCAUCAUCACCUGUCACUAAUGUCAACCCUACAGAGACCUGGAAUUUCUUUCUCAGGAAGUGAGGUUCCUGUGUUGGCUCUGGUGCGUAGGUGCGGCUCUGGGGCACAGGUGCUUCGCCCGCACAGCAGGCCUACUUCACUCCUCCUAAGUGCUGUCCCUGGAGCAUCUUUGUAACUUUUUACAUACCUCUUUCUAUAAAAAAGGCAUCCUGAAUUUACACAAGUGGCAUAUUCUUUAUUUUAUCUUCUGAGACACAUCUAUCAUUAAUGUUAAACUCAAACAUUUUGUGUGAUCAAAAUGCUUGGUUAACUUCAGG